AUGGAUAGCGGUAGUGGAUACGAGUUGUGUGUAUCCCCGGCCUCUUCCGGGUUGAUCAAUAUCAUGGCGGAACCGCCGGCAGAUUUCACGUCAUCGGCUUGCAAAUCCGGGUUGUCCAAGUCGAUUUCGAGCAGAACAAUCAUCCCCGAGAGGUCAAGGUACCCCCCCGUACCUCCAUCGAUGGAAGAGAAGUUUGUUGACUGGGACACGGACUCCCCGUCUAACUCCACCCCGUUUCCCAGUAGCACCUGGGCCGGAAACCUCCGGUCGAUCGUGCUUGCCGCGACCGUGAGAGCCCACGGCAUGUCGUUGUCCACUGUCGAGGCCGAAGGUCCGGAGGCUCACGAGAAUCCCGUUCCCGGCCGCCGCAAACGCGCCGACCGCGACGGCGUUCGCGUAAAACGGGACGCCUUUGCCGCUGCCGCGAGGGCCCAACGGUACGGAAAGGACAUCCACGCCGUCAUCGACGGCGAUGUCCAUCCCGGCCAACACGUCGCUCUCCCUACAAGUCUCCACGGAAUUGCAGACUUUGUAAGCGGCGAUGUAGGCUUGCGGGGCCACUCCGGAGGCCGUCCCGCCGGCGGCGGCGCUGUCGUUAACGUCGACGAAGGCUCCGGCGGCGGUGCUGGCGGUGUGGGUUCCGUGGCCGUCGAAGUCGAGCGGAGAGGCGGAGGCGUUGCCCUUGAUGAUGCCCCGGGCGCCGACGAUCUUGUAGUUGCAGAGGCUCUUCGGCAGGCAGUUGCCCUUAAAAUUGCGGAGCCGUUUGGACAUCUUGCCGCCCUUGAACGAGGGGUGUCCCGGGAAGAUACCGGUGUCGACCAUGCCGAUGACUGUAUCCCCGCCAAGGCUCCGGUUCGUCGGGUAAGGCCGAGGAAAGUGGGGGAAUGGGUCGUCUGGGGAUGGUAUGUGCAUUCGAGGCGUACAGAGAUGACGCCCGGGAGAUUCUUUAGGGACUCGGCUUCGUCCGCGGUGAGGGAAGCCGAGAAGCCGCUCAUGGCGUGCUCGUACGAGUGGAUUAGGGACUUUUCGGAAACGAACGAGCUUUUGGUCGAGUCAAAAAGGGCUUCGCGGGAGUUUUUCAUCACGUGGACGAUGUCACGUGAGAGGGUUGGUGUGAGGAAGGAGGAGAGGAGGAAUAUGAUUUUGAGUGCAUGGGAUAGUUUGAGAGGAGGAGCCAUGUACGGUGUAUCGAAGAAGAAUAAAGAUUGA